GACAUUUAUUUACCCCUUCUUCACUAGAGGCAGACCUUUCCCACUGCAAUUGCUUUUCUUUGGCACGUUAUUCUGUAUCUAUAAUGGCUUCCUCCAGGGGUACUACUUGAUUUACUGUGCUGAAUAUCCAAACGAUUGGUGCACUGACAUCAGAUUUACAUCAGGCCUCCUCUUAUUUCUGCUGGGAAUGGGAAUCAACAUUCACAGUGAUCUCCUGCUGCGCCAGCUGAGGAAACCUGGGGAAGUCACUUACAAGAUUCCUCAAGGGGGACUGUUCACCUACGUUUCUGGGGCCAACUACUUUGGAGAAAUUGUGGAAUGGUUUGGUUUUGCCAUAGCAACAUGGUCCCUGCCAGCCUUCGCCUUUGCCUUUUUUACUCUUUGCUGCAUUGGGCCACGUGCUUAUCACCAUCACAGGUACUAUCUCAAGACAUUUACGGACUAUCCAAAAUCAAGGAAAGCCUUGAUUCCUUUUGUUUUUUAA